AUGGAAGAAGUGCAAGGGGAAGCCGAGCUGCUCACCCUUUAUUUUGGCGUGGUGGCGCGCAAGUACAAAAGAUUCGUCAGUCUUAUUGGUCCUAACUAUGAUAUUAUGGAAGGGAUUGUUCAGCUAAUGGACUCAAACUGUACAGUUUCAUCUGUGGCGAAGUAUUGUAGUAACUGUGGAGACUUGUUCUUAGACAAGAUGACAGAAAGAAAAGCCGUAAUAAAAAACGCAGAUAUGUCCGAGGACAUGCAGCAAGACGCCAUCGAAUGCGCAACCCAAGCUAUUGAGAAAUUCAACAUCGAAAAAGACAUUGCUGCUUUUGUCAAAAAGGAGUUUGACAAGAAGUACAACCCAACGUGGCAUUGUAUCGUAGGAAGGAACUUUGGCUCGUAUGUCACUCACGAAACUAAGCACUUUAUCUACUUCUACCUUGGGCAAGUUGCCAUCCUUCUUUUCAAGUCCGGAUAA